AUGGACCUGCACCACAUCGAGGACGUGAGGGCGCGGGACCAUCAGCACCAGCUCGUGCUGCGCGAGCGCGGCCGGCGAAUCAAGGCUGCCGCGGAGCUGGGGCUGGCGCGCUCAUCGGCAUCGCGCGGCCGGCAGUGGGGCCGUGCGCUGGGCCGCCGCCGCCGCGCCCUCGUUGUGCCCCCGGAGGAGGAGACCUCGUCGACGGGCAAGCGCCAGGCGCCGAAGGAGGCGACGCCGCCGCUGCAGGGGCGACGGGAUCAUGGAGACGAAGAAGGAGAUGAUGAUGAGGUGGUGGUGGAGGAGAAGGUGGCGCUGCUGCGGCAGCUGGUGCCGGCCGGCGAGGACAUGGCCGUGGAGGGGCUGUUGGAGGAGACGGCCGGCUACAUCGCUGCGCUCAAGGCGCAGGUCGGCGUCAUGCGCACGCUCACCUGCCUGCUGCUGUCCGGUUCCGAUCUCGACGCCGUGCUGCGGCCACAGCCGGCAGCUGGCGUCCUCACGCCGGAGAAGGCCAUGUGA